AAUCCGUCUGCUGUGCGUCCCGAUGGCGUCUGCUAGUUUGACGCCGCUUUGGCGCGGCGUUGUCGUAUUUUUCGUUGACUUUUCACUCAUAUAAGGCUAAGUAGCAACAAGACAGCGUCCGAUACUCGAUCGUCGAAUAUCGGGUGAAUAUUUUUGCUUGAAAUGUGAACUUUUAGCCUAAAUUUCACGUUGAAACGAUGGGCGAUGCCAAAAUAUCACUCUGACGGAUGGACCUCCGAUUGUCAUUUGACAAGUAAAAUCACUGUCGUUGUGACGUCACUAAUCUGCCUUGCAGGAGCUAUGCUCAACAGUGUGCUCACUCAUCCGCACACCUACGUGCGCAUGUCAUGUACCAUACGCAACGUAUUUCGUUUAGUAUGGCGUGGGAAGGGACAGUCCUGGCGCGCUGUUGGAUAUGCUGGCAGAAGUUGCAUCACAGACCUUACACUCGGAAAAAAAAUGGACGGAAUCUAAUGUCCCUUUGAAAUCUCAGUCAAAGAGGGUGUCCGUUAAACGAAAAUGUCAACAAGAGCCAUCCUUCACUACGUCCCAAUUAUUGGCAAUGCCAGCUACUCAGCUGGUAAAACAGUUUUCUGUUUUUAAUAGCGAUGAGUUGAAGCGGCAGUAUUCUUACACUUGCGCUCUCGUACCUGGAUGCGGGCAAAGGUAUACAAGCUUUGCCAGCGAGGGCAGAGCCAGAAUGUCUAUUAAGGCUCAUCUUGCCGAUCACUUGGAUUACCUCAAAAGGGAUAAGGAUGCAUAUUCUACUUUCACGGCGAUAGCGGUCAAACAGCGAAGUCCCAAGUCGAGUCCUGCGACCAAAAAGAUGAGGGCAAAUCAACAGAAAAAACCAGUUGAGGUUUUAAACAAAGAGAACAAGGAGUCUAAGUCUGAAAAGUCGACCAAUUAUUUGCGCAAAAUACUUUCAAAUGAAAUGAGUUUCGUUGAAUUUGAAAAACAGAAGACAUUGGCUAAGAUGAACAAAAUUACUGAGGAACACAAGGCUGAGGUCAAAAAGGAGCCACAAGACAUUUCGGGUUUUCAGGUUCUUGGUGAUCACAGUUACUAUGAGCAUGUUAAAGUUGACAACAAUGACGAAAAAACCACCCCCGAUUUGAACGAAAUUAUGGUCAACCAAGCCAUGGGUGAAAAUAUUAUGCUAAUGGUGGUUGAAAGUGACGGAGUUCACAUGAAAGAGCUGCCUUACAUAGCUCAGGAUAUUUCCGUACCUGCUGAUCAGGAUGAAUCAGAGUCGAUUUAUGUACCAGAGUCUGUAACUUGGUCUGAGGAUCCGAACGAUAGAAAUAUGGAGAUGUCAGUCCCUUCGAAGCCAAAAGGGAAGGCAAAGUUUAUAGGAACAAGCAAAGAAGAGCGAGAAAUGGCUUUGGCGCUAAUGGAUCGCAUAAAACGCAAGGGGAAUCCAGCGGGAGGGAACCUGCAGUGUCGUAUAUGCGAUCCACCACGAACUUUCACAGCACCUACAACACUCGUGUCUCACUAUCGUAGUCACGCCGGUAUUAAGCCAUACGAAUGUCGCAUAUGCAGGGCUGUAUUUACAAGAAGGCACAGCCUGAAGUAUCAUAUGUUGAUUCAUCAGAACCAGACACGUUUCACGUGUGCAGAUUGUGGAAAAAAGUUCAGGCAUCCUUCUCACUUCAGGGAACACAGACGGCGACACACCGGAGAAGCACCUUUCGGCUGUGAGGAUUGCGGACAAAGGUUUAAAACAAGAAACACGUACAAACGUCACUUGAAAACACGCCACGGUAAAGUGCUGACAACAACUGGAGAAUUAUUACAUCUUUCGGAGGAAGACUUUCAAAAAGUACGAACGAAUCCUAAGAGAAGAUCAGAGACUAUCAAUUCCGAAAGCAUGGUUGACGAGGACGUUACGGCGCCAAAGGCUAUCAUACAAUUUCAAAACCAGGAUGUCAAUGAGCCUGAAGUGAAUCUUCAAAUUGGCGCAGGAUUGGAAACCAAUUAUGAAGCAUUAGAUAAAGACAGUGAAACCAGUUGCAACGAAUUUUGGGAUAAUGAAAAUGUGGUAGCAGUAGGUGACACUAAAGUGAAAGCAGAUCGUUACAGAAAUUAUGAAUAUUUUCACGAUUCUCAAGAAGACAAGACUGAUGACAUCAAGACUGAAAUAGGUGUAAAUAAUCUUGAAUUUGUAAAGGUUGAGAACGUAUUGGAAACUCUGAAAUACAAUGAGGAGAUAGCUAAAGAUGAUGUGACUAUGGAUGAUCGGUGUAUCAGUGUCGGUACUAAAGGGGAUAAUGACGUAGAUGACGUAAGAGUUGUGAAAACUGGGGAAGCAACGUUUGACGAUAGCUUUGAUACUCGGUCAGAAGUUUUAUACAACGAAAAUUCAAAUAAAACAAACACUGAUUUGAUUGAAUAUGUUGAGGGGAUUGACGUGACGGGAUGCGGUGAUAAUACCAUGGCUUAUGAACACGACGCAAGUGUUUUAAAUCCUGAUGAAGACUGCUACAAUUUACAUGACCAACAGGAGGAAACGUGCGUGCAUUACUUUGAAGAUAAUUUGAGUUUGGAAAACGAAAUUGAAUACGAGGAAUCUGUGGAAAUACCUGAACAGGUUGAUGAAGAUCCGAGUAUUGGGGGAUACGACGAAAUGCGUGUUGCCGUAGAAAAUGGCGAAUCAUCACAAUUGGAUAUUGUAGAUCCUCUGCAGUCCGAAGAAAUGAUUAACUGCGAGGAAGAAAACCAACGUCUCUUAAUUGGCAAUGAUAGAGACGGCGAACUUUCUCAAGACAAUAAUUCAUCACAUUCUGACAGGGAUACUACAUUGAGAGAGAAUCAAGGUGUAUAUAUUUUAGGUGAAACAGAAGUUGCAGAAGAAGAUGGUGAAGCCGCAGGGGUCGAAGAACGUGAAAGAACGAAAACGCAAUACUCUAACCAAUUCAUCCUUCAAGAACAAUCUCCUACGCUUAAACAUCAAAGUUCACGAGCUAACGUUGCGGUCGAGCACAUAGUUCAAUAUCCAAUGACAAAUUAUGAAGCUGAGGCAAAUCAUGCGCAUAACUCGCAUAACUCCUCUCCUCGUAUUUAUUUACAAACCAAUCAAUCGAAUAAUAUUACAAUAGAAAAUAAAGGACUGAUAAGUUUUUUGACACAGAGAAUAAACCUACAGCAGAAAUCUACUGAUAACAUUGCGUUACCAAAAAGUGGAAACGUUGUUAAGCUCCUGAAUGGGCAUCCUCAAUCGUUCAAUCUGCUACAAAACGGAAAACAGAGUACAGUCCUGCUUGUAGCAAGCAGCAGCAACAAGAUAAAGAAUAAUUUUUUACAAAGCGAUGCUGAUAGUGAUAUUGGGAUCAAAGCUUUGCCAGUUAUUACCGUACAUCAAAAGUAAAUAACAGCAAUAUACUUCUUGUUACAUUGAUUAUACUUGGCGUUUUCCAUUGGUUAAAUGAUUUAGUGAAAGAGGAGAGGGGGAGGGGGGACAUUGAAUAAUCACUAAUAUAACCUAAAUUCUUACCGGUAAUGAUGAAAAUGAAAUAAUGAAAUGAAAACAACCAAAUUACGUUCAUACGUUUGAUAAAAAUAAAGCUAAUGAACGCAAAAAUAACAACAACAAUGGUAACUGAACUAUUAGUAAUAAUAUUCAUAGUCAUCAUGGUAAUAAAAAUGAUGAUAAUCAUACUAAGCACAGUUAUGAGCACACUAAGAAUAAAAAUAAUUAAAGAAAAAAACACUAUCAGAAACACAAUAGAACGAAUCAAAAUAACUCUUUGAAAGUCGUAAAUAUAAUAAUAAUGUAUUAUAAAGUUUCGUGAAUAAGGUGAUGUGAAAACCGAAUUUCAUGUAUCUCGCAUCGUAUUUAUACUUUUUUCAAGGAAUGUUCAUCAUAAUGAAAUCAAAUAUAUGAGUUACAAAAUACAUUGUGGUGGAAGCAACGCGAUUUCAGUUAUUGAAGCUCACAAUGAGUAUAACGAGCGAUGAAUUCGCACAAAAACAUCUUCACAUGUGAAAUUUGACGAUCAUGUGAUAACACAAUGAAAGAAGAAGUGAAUUAUUUGUUUUUUUACAAUUAUCAUUCAUCUAUGUAGAAGUUUGUAUCCUUUAAAAUUUUUGCUGAUGGAUUAUAAUGUAUGUACAGUCACCUCAUCUAAUAAGUACGUUAUAAGUAAGUUACGAACAUGAAUCGAAAAAAUUACACCAACUUAACUUUUCUUCUCAAAUAUGAUGCCAGUGAUUGGUAUAAAAGCUCACAAUGGUCUUCCGCUUGAGGUAAGCCUACCUCCUAGAUAAUAUCUUUCUAUUUUUUUUUACAUGUUAUUAUGGUUAGAAUCGAAGGAAAAAAAUUAAUAACUGUAAUUAUGAAAGCAAGUGCAUUGUUCGCGUAAACUGUCACGAAAAUUAUUUAAUAAAUUUCAUUUGAAAUAUAUUAUAAAUGAAAUUUUGCUGAUUUACGGUGCGUUAAUAUUAUUUUGAAAAAAUAGCCAAGAAAAGGAAACUAUUAUCGACUUUGUUUUUUUUAUAACAGAGGUACCUCACUCUCAUUAAUUGGGGUUCAGUUGAGGUCUUAUUUUUCAGUAUAUACGUAUCCCCGUAAAUUGGCUAUUUUAAUUGCGGAGGCGUAUGGUAAAUAAACACGCAGUGUACGCAUAUUCUAUUUCGGAUCAAAUCACGGUGAGAUUUACUUGACCAAUAAUUCAAUGAUUAUUCAUCAAACUCUCACUAUCUGAUCCGUACAAACGAUGAGCAAUAUUAAAAUAUAAUAUCUGUAAACCUGAUAGCAAAAAUCAUUCUAUUAAUAAUAUCACAGUCAGGUUUAUUUAUAAUAAUAGACGGUGUACGGGUAUUCUGUUGCAAUCAAUCAUUCUCGACCUGAUUAACGUGAACUUUCCAAAGUAAUUGAGUCAAGAAAAGGCUCGUUAGGCACAAUGGAAAAAUAUUCGUAAUGCGAUGCGCAAUUAGAAUUUAAUUUCCAUACAAAUGAUUAUACGUUAUAUUCGUAAAGCAGUACCGCUCGUGUGACAGGCGUGUUACAUGUGACAUUGUCGGUCAUUAUUGUUACAGUAAUUUUUUUCUUUUCUUCUAUUCAGUCCACAAUUAUAAAAGUGCCUUGAAUCGAAUACCAAUAUUGUAUAUUAACCUUAAGUCCAUACGCAAUAAGGCUUGGAAAAAUUGUAGUAUUCAAUGGAAAAUCAAAUUAAAUGCGUGGGCGUAUAUAUGAUGGCGAAUUAUCGUUACAAGCGAAAUAAAUUAAGUAAUCUAGUGUGUAUAAUGUAAUAAUUGUUCUUUUCGAUAAUAACAUAGGCACUUGGCGUACAUGUAUUUAUAAAAUACGCUGCAAACUAAGAUCUAUAUCAAAUAUCUUAUAAUUCUAUUUAGCACAAAAACUCCGCUGACUUGACUUCUUUACUACUAUAUAACUAUACAUAUGACAGCAUUAUUGAAAAUAAUCUAAAACAGAAACUACGAAGAAAAUUGAAUAACAGAAGUAUUGUAAUUGUCAAUUAUCAUAUGAUAUCGUAUUUUUAUACCUAUUUUGUACCCUUAAUAAAGAUUAAGCAUUAAAGUGA